AUGGAGAAAGCUAGACGCUUGUUUGAGGUUGCUACAAAGCAAAAUAAUUAUGAUGCUAUCAACUUGUGUGAGGUUGCUAUAAAGCAAAAUAGUGAUGGUACUAGUAAUUUGUUUGAGGUUUGUAUAAAGCAAAAUAAUGGUGCAAAUUUUAAUUCUUUCAUAUCUAGGACUUCACAUAUAUCUAAAAUCCCAACCAUUCCAAACAUCCCUAAAAUUCCAGACAUGUCUAAAAUCCCACCCAUUCCAAACAUCCCUAAAAUUCCAAAGAUACCUAGAAUCCCUAAAAUUCCAAGCAUCCCCAAAAUUCCAGAGAUACCUAGAAUCCCACCCAUUCCAAGCAUCCCCAAAAUUCCAGAGAUACCUAGAAUCCCACCCAUUCCAAGCAUCCCUACAAUUCCAAGCGUCCCCAGAUGCCCAGCCCACCUCCCAAAAAGCAUCGUCCAGCUUCUGAAUUUCCUAGAGUUGAGAGUUCUUCAAAGCAUGGGAUUCAAGAUAUACCUGAAAUCAAGCAAAAUAAUAAUGGUGCAAGUUUUGGUUUUUUCAUACAUGGGAUUCAAGAUAUACCUGAAAUCCCAGGAAUUCUAA